AUGGGAAUGAACCUUCUAAUAACAGCUGCAGAGAAGGAAGCCCGGGGUCCAAGAAUGGAGUCAGGCAUCCGACAACACGCAAUAAGAGGUUACAUGGACGACCUCACUGUGACAACUUCUACCCAUGUGGAGGCAAGGUGGGUGCUAACUGCUCUGGACCACAUGGCGACGUGGGCCAGAAUGAAGUUCAAGCCAAAGAAAUCCAGAAGUAUGGUGAUCAGAAACGGGAAGUUGACCAACAGAUUCAAGCUGCAUGUGCAAGAGGAAGUGAUUCCAUCGAUAGAGGAGAAUCCAAUCAAAUGUCUAGGAAGGUGGUAUGAUAACUCACUUUCAGACAGGAACAGCAUAGCCAGUACGGAAAAGCAGAUGGAGGAAUGGCUGAGGAGGAUCGAAAAAUCAGGGCUUCCUGGGAAGUUCAAAGCUUGGCUGUAUCAACACGGACUGUUGCCAAGGCUCAUGUGGCUCCUGACUGUGUAUGAGGUCCCAAUGACAUGCGUUGAAGGAAUGGAAAGAAAGAUCAAUAAGUACCUUCGAAAGUGGCUGGGAAUCCCUCCAAGCUUCACUGCAGUAGGACUGUAUAUAAGAUCAGGACAGCUUCAACUUCCCCUGUCAUCCGUGGUAGAGGAAUUCAAAGUUGCAAAGUGCAGAGUCGUAAUGACGUACAGAGACUCCCAGGAUGAACAAGUCAGACAUGCAGGCAUCAUCACAAGAUCAGGACGCAAGUGGGCAGCUGAUUCAUCUGUUGCACAGGCUGAGAGCAUGUUGAGGCUGCGUGAUGUCGUUGGAGCACCAUGCACGGGCAGACAGGGUCUUGGAACCUCCCAGUUCCAACAGUGGAGGAAGGCAGGGAAGAGUGAUAGAAGAGCCAUGAUUCAAGAAGAGGUACGAAAACUGGAAGAAGAAAGACGAAGGUCAAGGGCAGUGGAAUUGGCCUCCCAAGGAGCCUGGACCAGGUGGGAUCUUCCUGAGAGGAAGGUCACCUGGGCGGACCUAUGGAGACUGGAACCAUUCCGCAUCUCCUUCCUGCUGAGAUCUGUGUAUGAUGCACUCCCAACCCCGACAAACCUGCACAGGUGGGGCAUGAGAGAGGACCCAUUGUGCAGGCUUUGUGGUGAGAGGGGCACCAUGGCACACAUCCUGUCGGGUGUAAAAAAGCACUCACCAGGAAGGUAUAGAUGGCGCCAUGACAAGGUGCUCAUGACACUCGCUAACACCUUAGAGCAGGAGAGGAAAAAGAAACGCCAAACAUUUAGGAAAACAACAUCUAUCCAGUUAUAA